AUGGCUGAUGCCCUCGUUUCUAUUGUGCUGGAACGCUUAACUUCGGUUGUUGAACAGCAGAUUCAUGAACAAGUUUCUCUGGUUCCGGGUGUUGAAUCAGAAAUUCAAAGUCUCAAAAGCACACUCCGCUCCGUCCGAGAUGUUCUUGAAGAUGCCGAGAGGAGAAAAGUGAAGGAAAAAUCUGUCCAAGGUUGGUUGGAGAGGCUCAAAGACAUGGCCUACGAAAUGAUGGACGUGCUGGAUGAGUGGAGCAUUGCUAUUUUUCAAUUCCAGAUGGAGGGAGUUGAAAAUGCUUCCACGUCUAAGACGAAGGUAAGCUUCUGUAUGCCCUCCCCAUUCAUCCGUUUCAAGCAAGUUGCAAGUGAACGGACCGAUUUUAAUUUUGUCUCUAGUAGGAGUGAGGAGCGACCACAGCGACUUAUAACUACCUCUGCAAUUGAUAUUUCAGAGGUGUACGGUCGGGAUAUGGAUGAAAAAAUCAUAUUAGACCAUUUGUUGGGUAAGAUGCGUCAAGAGAAAUCUGGCCUCUACAUCGUCUCCAUAUUUGGGACGGGAGGCAUGGGCAAAACAACUCUUGCUCGACUAGCCUACAACCACCGACAGGUGAAGGCCCAUUUUGAUGAAAGAAUAUGGGUCUGUGUCUCUGAUCCUUUUGAGCCAGCCAGAAUUUUUAGGGAUAUUGUUGAAAUCAUCCAGAAAGCGUCUCCUAAUCUCCAUAAUUUGGAAGCUUUACAACAAAAAGUUCAAACGUGUGUCUCUGGAAAGAAGUUCCUUCUUGUGCUAGAUGAUGUGUGGACUGAAGACAAUCAAUUGUGGGAACAACUGAAGAACACCCUCCACUGCGGAGCAGCAGGGAGUAGAAUUCUGGCGACCACACGCAAAGAGAGUGUUGUUAAGAUGAUGAGAACUACGUACAAGCAUCCCUUGGGGGAGCUGUCUUUGGAGCAAUCUCGGGCAUUAUUCCAUCAAAUAGCUUUCUCUGAAAGGAGUACUUGGGAGAAAGAGGAAGAAUUAAAAGAAAUUGGUGAGAAAAUAGCAGACAAAUGCAAGGGCUUGCCCCUCGCUAUAAAAACUUUAGGGAACCUCUUGCGCAUAAAAAAUAGCGAGGAAGAAUGGAAGUACGUAUUGAAUAGUGAAGUAUGGCAGCUAGAUGAGUUUGAGAGAGAUAUUUCCCCUGCUUUGUUGUUGAGUUAUUAUGAUCUGCCCCCUGCAAUUCAACGCUGCUUCUCAUUUUGUGCUGUUUUUCCAAAAGACUCGGUUAUUGAGAGAGAUGAGCUGAUCAAGUUGUGGAUGGCACAAAGCUAUCUCAAAUCUGAUGGGAGUAAAGAGAUGGAGAUGGUUGGGAGAACGUACUUUGAAUAUUUAGCUGCUCGGUCUUUCUUCCAAGAUUUUGAAAAAGAUACUGAUGGUAAUAUAAUACGUUGUAAGAUGCAUGAUAUAGUGCAUGAUUUUGCUCAAUUUUUGACUCAGAAUGAAUGCUUUAUUGUGGAGGUUGACAACCAACAAAUGGAGAGAAUAGAUUUAUCCUUCAAAAAGAUUCGUCAUAUCACCUUAGUUGUCCGAGAGAGUAUCCCUAAUUUCGUCUCCACUUAUAACAUGAAGAAUCUACACACCCUCUUGGCUAAGGAAGCAUUCAAGUCAAGUGCUCUUGUAGCCUUACCUAAUUUGUUAAGGCAUUUGACAUGUCUCAGGGCAUUGGAUUUGAGCAGCAAUCAGUUGAUUGAGGAACUUCCUAAGGAGGUAGGAAAAUUGAUACAUUUAAGAUUCCUUAAUCUAUCAUUUUGUAGAAAUUGA